AUGCUCAUCAGUUCUCCCCCGAGACACUCGUCCGAUGUAGGCGACCGCGAGCCAACUCCGCGAGCAGCAACCCGACCGGUUGCAGACUCAUCCCCAGUCAGAUAUGAUCCCAGCUCGAGCCCUGUGCGACGUUCUCAUCAACCCCGAUCCGAAAUUGGCAGCAGCAGCAGCGCCCUUUUUGUCCGUCAGGAUCAACAACCAAGAAUAUCUUCCCGGAGAGGUGACAUUCAUUCUGACGCGUUUGCGCCUUCUCCCGCUCCUCGUCGUCGAAUCUACAUUGGCGAGGAUGGCAUGCCCAUUAGGGAUGGACAUGAUCCGACUUCAGAGGCUACCUUCUCAAACCUCAAUCCUGACACGUCCGAGGCUGAUGCGAUGGGAGGGGACUCGACAAGAGUCAUCUGGGGCACCAACAUAUCCGUUGUAGAUUCCAUGGCAUCAUUCAAGAACUUCCUUUACAACUAUGCUAAGAAAUAUCGCAUGUGGGCCGAUGGUGCGACGGAAGAGGAAACACGUGCUCUCGGCGCGGUGGCGGACGAGAAGGAGUAUCUGGACAUGCUCCAGAACAUGAGAAAGAUGGGGAUUCACCCGCUGAACCUAGACGCGCGCAAUCUCAAAGCAUAUCCUGCGACCUUGAAACUGUGGCAUCAGCUUCAGGCCUAUCCUCAGGAAAUCAUCCCGUUGAUGGAUCAAGCUGUAAAAGAUGUCAUGGUGGAACUAGCCCAGAAGGAAAUGCAAGAGUUGCGGCGAACUCAUGCCGCUGCUCCUGCCUCACGGGCAGCAAAUGGGAGCUCAAUGCCUCCCAUGCCAUCUUCUGACUUGGGACCUGGGACACCAGCGGCAGGACCUGCUACCGACGAAAUUCCCGAUCCGGUUGAAGAAGCAGAGUUGCACCCCUGGAAGGUGAUGCCAUUUGGUCUGGACAAGACGAUCAACAUGCGCGAUCUCGAUCCAGCGGACAUCGACAAGCUUAUUUCGGUCAAAGGACUUGUCAUCCGAACGACCCCGGUCAUACCCGAUAUGAAAGAGGCGUUCUUCAAAUGCACCGUCUGCCAGCAUACGCUGUUUGUGUCAAUCGAUCGCGGAAAGAUUGCAGAGCCGACGGAAUGCCCACGCCCUGCAUGCAAAUCCAAGGACAGCAUGGAGAUCAUCCAUAACCGGUGCGUCUUUGCCGACAAGCAGGUGAUCAAAUUACAAGAGACGCCAGAUUCGGUCCCAGACGGGCAGACGCCUCAUAGCGUGUCCCUUUGCGUAUAUGAUGACUUGGUAGAUGUCUGCAAGGCCGGUGAUCGGAUUGAGGUGACUGGCAUUUUCCGAAGCAAUCCUGUCCGUGUCAAUCCCCGCCAGCGAACAGUGAAAGCCCUGUUCAAGACUUACGUUGAUGUUCUACAUGUUCAAAAGGUCGACAAGCGGAAGUUAGGUAUUGACGUAUCGACGAUAGAGCAAGAGCUCUCUGAGCAGGUUGCAGGCGAUGUUGAGCAGACGCGAAAAGUGACUGCCGAAGAAGAAGCCAAAAUCAAGAAAACAGCAGCUCGCGAAGACAUCUAUGAGCUCCUCUCGAGGAGUCUUGGUCCAAGUAUUUAUGAGCUGGAAGAUGUCAAGAAAGGUAUCCUCCUGCAACUAUUCGGCGGCACGAAUAAGACAUUUGCGAAGGGUGGCAGCCCCAGAUACAGAGGCGACAUUAACGUCCUGCUGUGUGGUGAUCCAUCUACUGCUAAGUCUCAGCUCUUACAGUACGUCCACAAGAUAGCACCACGAGGAGUGUAUACAUCGGGGAAAGGCUCCUCAGCGGUCGGGUUGACCGCCUAUGUGACCCGAGAUCCAGAAUCCAAACAACUCGUCCUCGAAUCCGGAGCUUUGGUACUCUCCGAUGGCGGCGUAUGCUGCAUCGACGAAUUCGACAAGAUGAACGAGUCUACUCGCUCGGUACUGCACGAAGUCAUGGAACAGCAGACCGUCUCCAUUGCGAAAGCGGGCAUCAUCACUACGUUGAACGCAAGGACAAGUAUCCUGGCCUCAGCGAAUCCCAUAGGUAGCAAGUACAACCCGAAUCUUCCGGUGCCUCAGAACAUUGAUCUUCCGCCGACGCUAUUGUCGAGGUUUGAUCUUGUCUAUCUUGUGCUGGAUCGAAUUGAUGAGGUAAAUGAUCGGAGACUCGCGAAGCAUUUGGUCGGAAUGUAUCUCGAAGACACGCCGGAAAAUGCGUCGAGGGAGGAGAUCUUGCCCAUAGAGUUUCUCACCUCCUACAUCUCGUACGCCCGCAACAACAUCCACCCGUGUCUUACCCCUCCGGCUGCUAACGCCUUAACGAACGCUUACGUUGCUAUGCGCAAUCUCGGUUCAAACAUACAAUCCUCAGAGAAACGCAUCACCGCCACCACUCGCCAGCUUGAAUCAAUGAUUCGUUUAUCUGAAGCGCACGCCAAGAUGAGACUCUCACCCAUCGUUGAGGAGAAGGAUGUGAAUGAAGCAGUGAGAUUGAUCAAGUCGGCCAUCAAGGCGAGCGCCACGGACGCAAGGACAGGCCUGAUUGAUAUGGGCUUGCUCAGUGAGGGGGGCGGUGUCAGCGAGAGGCGCAGGAGAGAGGACCUAAAACGAGCGGUACUGGAAAUACUGGAUACGGACAGGACAAUCCGUAGCGGAGGAGGUAUGAGGUACACGGAUCUCUAUCGAAAAAUCGCCGAGGGAAGCAGUCUUGAGGUCGAAGGCACCGAGUUCAACGAGGUCGUCAAAGUGUUGGAAGUUGAAGGGAAAAUCACGAUUACUGGUGAGGGAGCUAGGAGGGCCGUGAGGAGGAUCACGGGCGUGGGCGUCUGA